AUGUCUGCCAUCGAGAGAGUAUGGACGCGAUUCGUCCGGUUCGUCAGCGACGAUGGUAAUGUCUAUGCGGGCGAGCCUGUUGACCCAGAGGUGGAUGUCGGCCUCGCCUGCAAGCAAGGCACGCCGGUCCUGGCGCGAGUGCUCAGCUCGAGCUCAGCGCUUGAUGCUGAAGCCAAGUUCACCGGGCAGGAACUUCCGGUGCAUAAGAUCCUGGCGCCUCUGUCGGCGGACGAGGUUGGAACCAUUCGCUGUAUUGGGGUGAAUUACACCGAUCACGGGGCCGAACUCAACUUCGCUGUCCCGCCCGUGCCCAUUGUCUUCCUGAAGCCCAAUUCGGCGCUGAACGACCCGAGCGCACCCAUCGUGGUCCCGUCGUUUGUGGCGGACGCGGAUUUCGAGGUCGAGCUGUGCGUCGUGCUGGGCAAGGAAUGCCGGAAUGUGACGGACGACGAGGCCCUGGACUACGUGCUCGGGUACACCACAUCCAACGACGUGGCGGCGCGCAUGGCUCAGACCAUCACCACGCAGUUCUGCCACGGCAAGGGAUUCGAUACUUUCGCCCCCGUCGGCCCGGCCUUGGUGCAUGCCAGUGCCAUUCCAAACCCGCAACAGCUGGAGAUGAGGACCACGCUGAACGGCCAGGAGAUGCAGCACGUCACGCUCGACUCGAUGAUUUUUCCCGUGGCGAGGAUCGUGUCCCAUUUGUCUCAGGCCACCACUUUGCCCGCCGGGACCAUCAUUCUGACCGGAACGCCCGGCGGCAUCGGGCACUCGCGCACCCCGCCGGUGUAUUUGCAACACGGCGAUGACCUGAGGCUGUGGAUCAGUGGAGGCCUGGGAACGCUGACCAACCCCAUCGUCAAGGACAAGUCUGGCAAGUAUUUCGACAACGGGCUGUGGCCUGCAAAUUAG